AUGGCUCACAAUCAAUUGGAGAAACGAUACAAGCAAUGGUGCCGAGAGGCUUCUCGCGGAAACAUCCAACGCGAGCAAUUGGACGAUAACGUGGUCGCGAUAUGUCCACUGGAUCGCAACGUUUCUACCACGGCCUUGGUGUUGCGAAACGAACACGGCAGAGUGUUACCGAUGCAGCCCUUGUCAUCCAUACUUAGAGAAACGGCGCGAAGGAUCGACGCGAAUGCCAAAUCUCUGGCAAAACCCUCAACACCAAAGAAUACAGAACUGGUGGUUGUGGAGUUGAAAACGCUUACAGCGUGUCUCGCCAACCUGUGCUCCUACGAGGACGAGACGAAAGGGCAUCACGGUCUGGGGUUACACCUCUUGCCUUUCACUAUCGGUAAUUGGAUAGCGGAAAUUCGCGUGCAGGAUGUCACAAAGGGCUGGAAAACGACCGAAGAGAAGCUGAUGGGUAUAUUUCAACAAUUCUCCGCAAGCGAGCGGUUCCGUUACGUGGCAGUGCACCAAAGCUAUGCUGGACUCUCUCGGAUGGACACCCAACGUAAAAAGUCCGCUCAACUGAUGCUACAAUUCAAGGAAAAGAAUGAUCCCAUCAUGAACGUACUGGGGGAAGGCCUGGAUGCAAUAGACGUUGCGAAAACGAGCGAUCCCAACAUCUUGGGAUUGUACCUGUGCCGUAAGAGCAUGAUACAAUGGCUCGAGGGAAGUGUUCAUAAAGCACUGAAAAAUUUCGGGGUAUUUUCGCCCAAGACCCCCCUCGGCCACAUACUGGCGACUAGAUUACAUGAAGCCAGUCGGGUGUAUGGCGACAAGACCUUGCACCCCAUCCAGCGAUUUGCUGGCAGGAGUGACGGAGGGUCCAUCAUAAGAGAGAUACCCAAGCUCGUCAGACAAGCGCAGAUCUUGGUUCGGCAAAACCACGGGAUGAUUCAGGUCACGCAAUUGCUGGAACGCUUGACGAGGGUUUUGUUGCAGGUCGACGGACAACGCGACGGUAGCAAGGAACGCGGCAUGUUGUACAACCUAAGACAUGCGACCGCUUUAAAACCAUCGAACUGUCUCGUGUUCUUUCUCAAUACCACGCGAGCCGGUGAACGAGAUGAGCAACAGACCUUUGCCCCUCCUGUACUGAGCGACUUCGACUUGCAAGAAGACUCGAGUGGCGAAUCCAAACCGUCAUGGGCCAAGUCUCUAUCAGAGUUAGAGCGACUGACGGGUCACGACACCAGCGACGACAUGAAAGGAAGCACGACGGUAACAAUGGCCGGCUUUCCUUUCCAGUGCACUUUUGUCCUGGCACAUAAGGAAGGGGAGAGAUUUUACUACUGCCCCCAUCGGUUCUGUGAUCAACAAGACGCCACCGAUCACGUAAAAACGGUGCAUCAGGGCGAUGGGAUUCCAAGCGAUACGUACGCCAAGAUCGCUCAGUUAGACUCGAUGUUAGAGGAGACGGCAUUUGGCAAAAGAAUGCAUCCCGUCAACGAAUUUGAGCUGCUGCGCAAGCUGAGGUUGGACGAGAAAGACCCUGAAAAGUUGCGGCUUCGUCCAACACUGCACGAAGAUUUGCUUAAGAUGUCCGAGGCUCUCACGCAAAAUACCAGACUCUUAGGUCGACUCGAAAAGGAUCGCGACGAGGCCAUUCAGCAUAUGGAGUCGUUGAACCGUUUGGCAGAGAAUACGAAGACAAAGGUUGAGAAAUUGAGGAAGCAGCAGUUGUUCAAUGCUCUGAAUCGCGAAAUCACCGAAGUGAUGAAAUUUAUAAUAUCUCCAGCUGUUCUAAUGAAAUUUCAGGAUGCAUGGCACCGAGCCAGAAUCCGCAAGGAGUACAUCACAAACAACAUGUACAAAGAAUUUGUCACAGCCAACGAUCAGCUGUCGUGGUUGAACAGGACAGUGGGCGAAGGUGCCAGGAAGUACAAAGAACAAGUAAAACAGCUGGGCGGGGUCGAUCCGGGUGCGACUCCGGCCGGAGUUCCCGGUGGUGGUAUCCGCGUCGGCAAAUCAAACAUCAUCGGCAUGCUGACACAGAACCUGAUCGAACGGAGUCGUCUUGCAGAAUCUAUUCAAGACGCAAACGGAGCUUUGAUCGCAACUAAUCGCAAAGCGUCGUUUCAGCGCGUCGUUUCUAAACACGAUCAAGACUUUGGUGCAAGCAACGUGAUACCAGCGGCCACACCGCUGAUUGCAGCAAAAGGAUGGGACGAUGAUGACGGAGACGGAGACGGAGACUCCGAAAUGGUCGAGGAGACGGAAGAUAUCAAAAAAGAGGAAAACGAUCCAGAAGAAACCGAACAUCGAUCAUCUGGUCCGCAAAAGGACGAGAAAGCGAAGAAAGAAGCUACAACGACUACAGUAACAACAUACGUUAGCAAUCCUCUAAAGAGACCAAGGUCAAAGGAGCAAGGGGUUACAAGUGAAAGGGCCCUGGUUCUAAGGGCUGGUGACGCUUCCAUGCUUGAGAAGAAACGAUUCAUCGAACCCGUCGUCCCCAAAUGUUUAGAAAGCAUACUUAAAAUUGAGCUAAAACGCAUCUUCAAGGUUUGUCAACUCGAUAAAUCAGAGAUAAUUGGAGCCCAAGAUGUAUGCAAGCGAAUCUUGAAUCUUGCAUUUGAUCCUCGACUCCGAGAGCAAGUGACAAGGAUGAAAAUGAAAGAUGCACUUAAGCCUGGACAGAUUCGAACUCUCAGGGAUCCUUUUCGCGAAAGAGUAUCGGUACUCGUCCUGACGGACCCGCGAGUCAUCAUGUAUCCUACCGGCGUACUCAUGCCCAUUCUAAGUUCGUGCAUCUCGCUGAUCGAUCGCAUGCACGAGAAAAUAAAGAAUGAUGACAAGCUGCUUUGUCUAUUGUUAGCAACGGGUAUUUGUCAUCUGCUACAGCCACGUUUCAGGCUCUCGAAGGCUGGAUUGCAAAUUGUCUGUGAUGCCCUGAAGAUAGUCCUGAUGGAAAAAGUCGAGAGAGGUCGAAAUGGCCACUGGAAAGUGGUCUCAUCCCUUGUAGCAACGCUCAACGCCAACCUCGCAGGCUUUUGGAAUGCUGCCCUAUUGCGUCGAUAUCACAAGAUCGAAGAUCCGUGUUACACGACCAAACACGUAGACACGGCCCCAGAAAAGACGUAUGCCCCACUGGAUCAGCUACCCACGGUCGAAGAGGUGGCCGCUCGCAUUCGAAAACCCAGGAUUUGCGAGACAUCCGCGAUAUCUGUGUUGCCCGAAGAUUCCAACUCGCAGUUUUCCAGACUGCGAGUGGAAGAAACCAAAGCCUUGAUCGAACAAGUCUCAUCGGCAGUACUCAAGCGCGAUACGACUCUUGUACGCAUCAAGGACGCGGAUGAGAUGAACGCAAAAGAUUGGGUGCGCCGUCUUCUUGAAGGGAAUGCCAACGCCGUGACCGACCCGCACAGUAUGUGCACGUGGUUUCGGGAACGCAAGGUCACGUUUGCAGAAUACAAGGAUGAAGAGAAACAUCAGUGGCUGCGUUUGGCAAGGUGCUGUAUAUGCACUGAGCUACUAGGUACCAUUCCGUCUCAAGGGUGGUGUUGCCUUUCCGGUGUAACGUCGCUGGACACACUGGUCGAUCAAGCGUUAAGGGACGUGACCGACCCGACCGAACGCGAGACGCGCCGAGAGCAAUUGCGCCAAGAGAUAGUCAACAAGAUCAUUUCCCAACCCAACUAUCCGUCGUUUCACUUUUGGCAUCAACACUGCAAGCAAAUGCAAGACGAGCGGCGGUUCAUUCGGGCUCAUGCCAAAGCGACAAAGACAAACCAAAAAGUGGAAGUCCCAAACUUUGACGAGUGCCCGUUGUGUUGCACCAAAUAUCCGCGCGACAAGGCAUUCUUUCCUUCCAUGGAGAGCAUCUCGAAGUGCAUCGUGCGCAUGGAACAGUCGAUCGGCGGAUUGGUGCCGAUAGAUUCUGCA